AUGAGCAACGACAACACCACACCUUCCGAAUACGUCAAACUUAUCAGUGCUGAUGGUUUCGAAUUUGUCAUUCAUCGGGAAGCAGCCAUGCGAUCCGGCACCAUAAAGAACAUGCUCGUUGGGCCAGCCCAAUUCAAGGAAUCGGUGGAAAACGAGAUCCCUUUCCGUGACAUCAAAGCUGUAAUCCUGGAGAUCGUGUGCCGAUAUCUUUACUACAAGUGGCAAUAUGAAGGCUGUACGACCGAGAUCCCACAGUUCGAUAUUGAUCCUGAGGUGGUGCUCGAAACCUUGAUGACGGCAGACUUUUUAGAAUGCUAA